AUGAAAUCCAUCUCAAAUCUUUCACAUAUAGGCUUCGAUGCAAAACUCAUAAAUCAGCAACCAAACAACAUACCAAUAGAGUUCAUAUGGCCCGACAAAGAGAAACCCUCCAUCGACGUCAAAGAGCUCCAUGUCCCUAUCAUCGACAUCUCCAGUUUCCUCUCAGGCCAAGACAACCAGAUCUUGGAGUCGCAAGCUUCUAGGCUUGUGUCCGAAGCUGCCAAGAUUCACGGGUUCUUCAUCGUCACAAACCAUGGGAUUCACGAAGGGAUAUUGUCACGUGCCUACAAGUGUAUGGACAUGUUUUUUAACUUGCCGGCUUCUGAGAAACAGAAGGUGAAGAGGGAGUGGGGUGAGAUCUCCGGUUAUUCCGAUAGCUUUGUCGGGAGAUUCUACUCGGAGCUUCCUUGGAAAGAAACGCUCUCGUUUAGGUUCUCCGCUGAGGAGAAGCUCAAGAAUGGCACCGAAACUGUUAAAGAUUACAUCUCUAGGUCAAUGGGUGACUUAAACCAAGAGCUUGGAAGUGUAUUUCAAGAAUACGCAGAGGUGAUGAACACUCUCUCAUUAAAGAUCAUGGAGUUUCUUGGAAUAAGUCUAGGGAUCGACAGACGCUAUUUUAGAGAGUUUUACGAAGAUAACGAUUCAAUACUUAGGCUGAAUUAUUAUCCGCCGUGCAAGCAGCCAAAUCUAACAUUAGGGACAGGUCCUCACAACGACCCGACCUCUCUAACCAUACUUGAUCAGGACCAAGUUGGUGGUCUUCAAGUUUUCGUGGAGAAUCAGUGGAGAUCUAUCGCUCCAAAGCCAAGAUCAUUCGUCAUUAACAUCGGCGACACCUUCAUGGCGUUGACGAAUGGAAUAUACAAAAGUUGUUUGCACCGGGCAGUGGUGAACAGCGAGAGGGAAAGGAAGUCGAUAGCAUUUUUCUUAUGUCCAGAAAAGGACAAAGUGGUGAAGCCACCAAAGAAGCUACUAGAAGCAUUCGGUCAAAGAGUGUACCCUAACUUUACAUGGUCCAUGUUUCUUGAGUUCACGCAGAAGCAGUACAGAUCUGACAAAAACACUCUUCAAGAGUUCUCAGACCGGCUUAAGAGCAACCAAGUUGUCAGCAACAAACUUGUCGAACAAAGUUAG